GUGUGAAUGGGUGGAUGACUGAACGUGUAAAGCGCUUUGGGGUCCUUAGGGACUUAGGCAAAGCGCUAUACAAAUACAGGCCAUUUACCAUUUACCAUUUCAUGUUAAAAAACAAACAAAAAAACCCACUUCCUGCUUUUUGGCUUUUCUUUCUGUUCCCUUCUUCAGUUCCCUUAUUUCCAUCAGUUUGAAAGUACAAAUACAAAAAUGUUUGCACGCUGAGAUCUUACAUUGUGCAUUGAUUUAACUUAGCUAUAUCCGACUUGCAGACCCUAGUGUGAUGCAGCACACAGCUAUAUCCCAACACUACAGCUACCCUGUGGUUCUUUGAAGUUCCUGCAGCUACCAAUUAAUUUUUUUCUUAUUACUGUUCAGAAAAUGUGCCUCUGAAGAUGAAAGCAAUAGCAAUUGUACUUUAUCUUUCAUGUUCAAAUUACCACUUGUGGACCAGGUCCCUUGGAUGGUUACUGUUACCUUUGCUGUGAUACAACAUAUCAGUUUUUACAGUCACAAAAUAACAAAAAUAAAAAUAGCAUUAAUGGAAUCUUUGUGAGAAAGUGGUGGUGAAGUAUAUCACUGUUGGUGUUACCUAGGGAGACAUAGCUCAUUACCGACAACCUCCCACCGACUUUCUGGCACGCUGAAAGAGAAACUGGAUAUUCUAAACACGGAAACUUACUCCCUUUGGUUUCUAUAGUUUUAAUCUGAUAAACACAACAGUACAUGCCAAAACAGGCCCCUUCAUUUGUAUGCAAAUCCCCUAAGCCCUUUCCUGCUUUUUAGGAUAGAAAAUAAAAAGGGAAUUCAACAUUUUGAAUCAGCUGAAAGCCCUUCCCGUCACUCAUCCUGUCGUCUGCCUGCAAUUUCUGAUCACAAAACACUUCCAGUCCUAAUUAUCAGAUGUUGUAUUUUAUUUGAUACACAGGAGAGGAAAAAUGCUACCCCUCAGCAGUUUCGGUCUCUGUCAUUAUUGCUGCUUGCUGCCAAGUGCUUAUACCUUGCACAAACUAAAUAACCACGUUCCAGGUGCUCAGGUUUUCUCUCUGUCAUGAAAGGGAAAGCAGAUAAAAAGUGAAAUUCUUAACCUGAAAAAACACUGUCACUGUCUUUCUUUGAAAGCAACUCUUAAACUUGAUUACUUUGCACCCAGUCAUCCAUACUUCCUCUUAGGUGUUCCUUUCCAUUAUGAAAUUCACUGCGUGUCACUAAGGGAUCCAUUUUAUAUUUUUGGCAGUGGGAAUGAUGAUUUGUUUGAAAGAAAAGCACAGUCAGCUUGAGCAGUGAUAAAGCAGUCUAAGAGAAAAAGUCAUGGCACUGGCAGACUGACUUUAUGCAUUAACAGAAGGGUUUGUCUGUGAGCCAAAAGACUAUACCAUCAUCAAAACAUAGAAAAAUGUAGAAACUCCUUAAUGCGCUUUGAUUGUUAGAAUAAUAGAUAAUGUAGAAUAAUUAACUCAAUAUUGUGUGUGUGUGUGUGUGUGUGUGUGUGUGUGUGUGUGUGUGUGUGUUACAGUAGGUGAGUUUUACCUUUUAUAUAUUGACACGGUUUAUGGGAAGGAGGAUUUUUGGAUGUUCCUGAGUAAAUAGCUUGAAGUGUUUCCCAAAACAGGUCAGUAAACAGUAACAGCAACUUAGUAAUGUCUAAGUUUUUCCAGUAUGACCUGGGAACAUGGAAACUGUGUGUUAUGUUCAACUGUUGUUACAGGGAGAAACUCUUAACUUCUACAACUUAAAAUCCAAGUGAGUACCACAAAAUGUUUUGGCUGAUAUGUGAAGUGUCUCAAAGGUCAUGCAAGAAUAACACAGGAGUGUUCCCAAUGUCACAGCAUCUGCAGUUCUAAUGCACAGUCGCAUAAACCAGAUGAAAUCACAUCUCAAGCCUGUGCUAUUGAAGGAACAUCCACAAAACCCACCAGCUUACGGUCUUAGAAACCCCCCCAGCAGCCACAUGUACUUGUGUUUACAUGAGCAGCUUUCAUGCUCUUUUGUGAUGUGUUGGUGUUGCAUGCAGACGAGACAGCGGUGAUGAGAGGUUUUUCUGUGUUUAUUGAAUAAUGCCUCAGCCAGAGCUGAGUAUGAGUGUGAAAAAUGAAGACACGCAAGCUGUCAGUAAGGAGAGGGUGGAGCUGGGAUAAAGAGGUGAAGGCACGGGCACACAGAUACAUAAAUACACACCCGCAGGCAUACAGGCAAACAAGAACACACACACACACACACACACACCGCUCUACCCAGCCUCAUAAGAGAUCCUGUCAGCUGAUUGGUUCUGAUCAGUCAGGUUUUCUAAAAAAGGACCACAUUGGUGGGCGAUUGUUAUGCAGCUCAUCAGCUCAGUGAUGACAUCAUUCUGUCUGAGACAGGGCUGCUAUAUUUAGUUUCAGACAGCCAGGAGUGGCUGCUGCUUCACUAGCAUCCAUACAAAAGCAGGCAUAGACAGAGACUGUAAAUGUGGUUGAUGGUCGAGUACUGGCUAGCACUGCAUAGCAUGACUUGCAUUUGUCUAUCUAUCUAUCUAUCUAUCUAUCUGUCUAUCUAUCUAUCUAUCUAUCUAUCUAUCUAUCUAUCUAUCUAUCUAUCUAUCUAUCUAUCUAUCUAUCUAUCUAUCUAUCUAUCUAUCUAUCUAUCUAUCUAUCUAUCUAUCUAUCUAUCUAUCUAUCUAUCUAUCUCAGUUCUAUUGAAUUAUCUCCUUUGAGCAAAAAGAUCACACAACAUAGACCUGUGUUGUUAGAUGUUGUUUUAGUAGAUUGUUUCAUUACAUAUACCGCACAGAACCCACGUUAUGCGCCAAUUAGAAAUUUGAGUUUAGGACCCUGAUUUAGUGUUUACUAACUCCUUGUCUCACCACUAUUUCAUGCACAUUAGAAAAAUCCACAUGAAAAAAUAACAUGAUUGGAGAAAAUAACUUUCCACACUGAGGAAAAGCCAUAUUGCUGAGUUAACUAUUUAAAUAUUUCUAAUCAAUAUUUUUGGUUUUCCAUGAUGCAGAAGUCUAGAUAAGGAGGCAUAGUGUAAACUAAUGUAAACUAAUGUGUUAAACAAGCUAAAACAUCUUGCUAAAAUUUCAUGCAGAACUUAAAAAUUAAGUGUAGGUUGUUACUAGCUUAAAAAGCCAAGUUGUAAACAUUAAAUGUUUCUUUUAACUGAGUUUUGAUGUGUUUAAUUGUAGGGGAGGAACUGCUCAGUGAUGCAGUGGUUACCAUUGUUAGCACUGUGUCUGUAUGGAUUUUCUCUGGGUACUCCACCUUCCUCCAGGUGAUCUUUGGCAUUGGCCUUGCGAUUUUGGUGUUGGUCAUGUGAUAGACUGAUGACCUAUCUAAGGUGAACCCAGCCUAUUGUCAGCAGGAAAAACCUCCUCCCUAGUUUUUCUGUAGAAAUCUUUCACAGUUAUCAGUAUCUCUAGCACUACUGCUGAUGUUGUAUACCCUACUACUCUAUCUGUAAUAAAUAUACUGUACUCAGCUUGUUGGCCUUAUAUGCAAUUGAUAACGCAGUGUUGCAUAACUGUGUUAUAUCUAUAUGCUUGUGUGGGAGGGAAUUUUGUGGAUUUCUAAAUGACGAAACCUGCCUGCACUGUUCUUCUGCAGGGGUGCUAGCAUGACCUGAACACCAGUCUAACCUCCUAAUAGAACAGAGCCUAGCAGGAAACUGAAGGAGGUUUGUGAGGCGUUGGCUGCAGUGUGGGUGGACAGUGACGCAGCCCAGUCAUACUGCUGAUGGGAGUGUCCUCUUUGCUUCCAGUAUAUCCAACAUUGUCCAGCGACACACAUAAAGAAAGCCCAGACCUUGAUACUAGAGAAUGUGAUUUACCCCAUGCUGUCGUCCAAGUAGUUUAUGUGAUUAUGACAUUGCACUUGUCCCUGUGUGUCCAAUUCAGCGUGCCAGCUGCCCAGCUGCUGCUUUUCCCCCACCCCCUCAGUAAAUUGUGCAUCGAUUUUUGAUGCUGAGCCUGCCUGAUGACUGAGGUGGACCGUCUGCCCUUGUUGCAGCGCCUCUUUCUCAGCUGCAACAACAUCACCAGUUUUGACCAGCUAGCCUGCCUUGGAGAGUCGUGCUCCCUUUCUGAGCUCACGCUGGAUGGGAAUCCUGUAGCCCUGGAGACAUGGUACAAGCAGGCCGUCCUGCGCUGUGUGCUUCAUCUCAGACAGCUGGACAUGAAGCGCAUCACAGACGAGGAUCGGCGCAUGGCAGGUGUACAGGCUCGAAAAGAGGAGGAAAAGAAGAAGGAGAGUCACAAGCAGACCAUUCAUAAGGAGAAGCGGCGUCUAGCAAUCCGUAAUGCUGCACAGCAGUGGGAGGGUGUCAGGGCCUGCCUGGAGCUCCCAUCCACAAAUGGCGCUAAAGAAGAAGUCAGUCCAGAGAACAGCCCUGCUCACAGCCCCGCCCAGACCAAUGGCCUUACACAGGAACCUUCCCCUGAUGAACCAAGGCGGGUAAGCCCAGGUUCAGGACCAGAGCGGCCGUCAGGGGGAACAGAAAUCAGACUCCAGACCAACAGCCGUCCAAACAGCCCACGAGACCCCAAGCUUGUGGAGGCAGGGAGUGGCAGUGUUCAAAGCUUGUCCUUGUCUGACAGUCACCUGGCAGAGCUGGAUGGAGACACCCUGCGUUUAUUUGGACUUGGAGCCCUGGAGGCCCUGGAGAGGGGCUGGGGUGUUCAGACUGCUGGUGCUGUCACUGUAAUAACCUUCCGCUACAUCAGCUUUGAUGCCAUAGUACCAACACUGCCACGAAUAAGAGUCAAGUUCCCAAAUCUGUCGCAUAUGAUCUUUUUGGAAACCAACAUCAGCCGUCUGCCGCAGCUGGCAGCCCUGGCUCAGGUGAGGCGCCUAGACCAGCUGACCAUACACCCAGAUGGCAACCCAGUGGUCAGUUUGACUCUUUGGCGCUCCUUUGUCAUCUAUCGUCUUCACCACUUCAACCUGCAGAGAAUCAAUGGCCAGGAGGUGACCAUGAACGAUGUGAUCGCUGCAGAACGUGUGUUUGGAACACUGGGCCAUAUAGCAGCUACCGAAACUCCACGUUGCCGGCUCCUUCUGCUGCUUGAGGAGUCCAGGAAGCGGCAGUUGCAGUUCCUGUUGGAGGGGCGUGGCCGGCGGGCAGGACUCAGUCCAGAGGAGCUGCGUGAUAAUGGGAAACUCCUGGGAGAAGGCCUGAGCAGAGCAUUGUUUAACUAUCCAAGCAGAGACUGCAGUGCAGAGAGCCCUGAGGAGGGCAGUGUGGAGUCAUCAGAGCGUGCUACUAUGGUAGAGCAGUACCUACAGGAGUUGGUCCAAAGUGCAUCAGACACCAACCUGAAGGGCGAGGCUUUACACAAGCUCUGGCCUUCCAUGUUUGCAGAGAUGGUGAGAGACUGUGUCUUGGAGAUGAGGGACCGAGCGGCCUUCCGCCAAGCCAGCCUGGCAAAGCUCUCUGAGACCAAGUGAAAAGGACCAAAGGUUCACUGUUAGGCAACAUACCUGCACACGUGGACAGAGCUUUCUUGAGCAUCUUCGUCCUUUAAUUUCAAAAUGGAUUACACAUAAUCACUUUGUCAGUUUUAAUGCAUUUGGAAACACAAGGGUGUAUUUCCUUAGUCUGUUGGAAGCUUCUGCUUGAUAUGUACGUAGACUAUUUUAUAGAUGUCUGAAGAAAUUGUCUGAAUGUAGAUUUUUCACUAAAAAACCCACAGUUUGAUUCUUCAGAGCUUGAAGGUAAAUAAUACUUGAAGAACGUUAAAGAGACUUAGUGACUCACAGUGCAUUGUUGUCCCUACGGAGCAUUGUCUGCACUUUAAAAGCCAUCUGAAUGACCCCUCUACACCAUUAAUAUCAUCAGCUGAAAAUGACCUGUGUGUCUUUUCUUGAGACUAGAAUGAUUUUUCUGUCUUAAAGCCUGUCUCAUCCAUUGCUCUCUCAUUUCUUCCUGCGGGACAUAAAUGCAAGGGCACAAACAAGGACAAGGUCUUUUCUUUGUUUACCACUGAUUUUCUGUAUUGUACUUAGUAUUAAACAAUUCUGCAUUAACACUGA